AUGCGAACUUUUGCUUUCAUUCCUGAUCAAGAAACAUUAAAGAAUGAAACAAAAGGUUCACCUUUUACAAGACCUAGUUGCCAGAUUUCUGCAGAUGGAAAUGCUGUAACCAUCGAAGAUUCAACAACUGGUGAAAAAUUUGCAAUUACAAGAAAUUUCGAUCAAGUUUUCGAUCAUUUUCAAGAUAUACUUAUGGAAUGUCCAGAAAAAGAAACUAACAGAUUAAUAAGUUUAUGCUCAUCAAAUUCUAAAUUCACUCCAGAGCAAAUUCUCGAAACAUGCAUACAAUUCGCAAGAUAUUACAUUCCUCCAGAAGGUGAAAAAGAAUUUUUAAUUUCAUCCGGUUUAGUUUUCGAUAAAAACGUUAUUGAUUACUUCGCUCUUGAUAAUUCCAAAGUAAAAGAGUUUGAAUCGAUUCCAAUAUAUCAUAUUUCAGAAGCUGUUGACUUGAUUUCUACAGCUCUUGAAGAUAGAAAAUCUUUUGAGAAUUCAUUAUUCGUUUUUAGAAUAGAAUGUCAAGAAUUCUUCUUCGAAUGGGUUAUUAUCCCAAAUGUUGAUCAGAAGAACUCAGAUUUUGUCUUAGACUUACCAUCAAAUCAGAAAAUAGUAUUUUAUCUUCGUAAGAUAGCUUCAAUCAUGCAAAAUUCAUUUGAUCACUUCAGACGAGAAUCUUCAUGCUUCAGACUAAUUGCUGAUACAUUUGUUGAUAUAAAUACAACAUGGGUUGCUCAUCUCAAUCCAUAUGCUAAACUAGCAUCCAAUGCCGCCAUAUUUAAUGUACUCAACGCCUCUACAGAACCUCUCAAGAACAAAUUUACAUGCCAACGCAGCGAACUUUUUGCUCAGCAUAAAGAAAACUUUGAUCUGAAUGACGAUGACUCAUACGCAGCCGAGAGGGAGUAUAAACAACAAUUAGAAGACCUUGGAGCUGAAGAAGUUCAGUUUGAUGACGAUAAUGAUUUAUCAAAUCAGACAUCUCCUACAAAACUCUCCGCAAGCAACCAAAACAUGAGAGGAAGUUCCAUUGUUGUCCCUUACGGCGAAUAUACGAACAAUGGCGAAGAGGAAGAAGAAGAUUCUGAAGAAAUGGAAAGAAUGCAGCGUCUCAAAGAACUUCGAGAAAGCCACAUGAACAAGAACAAAGACAAGAAGUCACGUGUUCAAAGGAGAGGAGAAGUCAACCACUCUAUGGCUGAGUCGUCAUCAGUUUACUCAAGGAUGAGCCAACGCUCAAAAUUGGCAGCAAAACUUGCCCAAAUCAGAGCACGAAAUAUGAAUAUCGACGAAGAAGAGGAAGAAGAGGAAGAAGACACAAAUUUAGAAGAUGAAAAGGACAAUAAGAAUAAGAAGAAAGAAUUGACCCCUCUUCAAUUGCGUCAGAAGAGAUUGGAGAAGCAAAGACUCCUGAUAUUUAGAUGUCAAAAAGCUCUUAACGAUGAAAAUUCUACAACAGAAAAACUUUCUUCUCUCAAUGAUGAACUUCAGGCCGAAUUAGAACAUUGCAGAGAAUUUAGAUCAACUAUCAAAGAUGAAAUUUCAAGAGUUCGAAAAGAACUGCAGCAAAAACAAAAGAAAGCUUCAGAACAGAGAAAAAUUGCCGAAAAAUACCAACAAUUAUAUUUGGAAACUCAUAAUGACAGAAUUCAACAAAAGUAUCAGAAUACUCGCCCUCAUUAUAAACCUGCAACUGUUGAUAAGAAUCCAGAGUAUGCCAGAACAAUCGCUCUUCUCCAGGCAGAAGUUAAGAAAUUGGAGAAAGAAGUUAAUGAACUUCAAUCACAUGUUGGAAAUUAA